CACAAUAAGUGUCCUUAGAAGGAAACACUGCCAGACUCCAGACUGGAGAGCAUUUUUGCGCCUAGAAAGUCAGAAAACUCUUAGCUCGUAAAAUACAAUGAGCAUAGCUACCUUAGAUGGGCAGUGACAGUUGGAAAAACAGCUCUCAACACUUUAUUUUAGAUUAUUAUAGGUGGGACACAUUGAUCAUAUAAAGUCCCGGGUAAGUGUCUCCACAAUUAUAUAUAUUAUACAGGAAUGCACUAAUUGUCACGCUAUAAUAUUACUGCCAGUUUGGAUCGGCUGAUAGGUUAAUUAACUCACAAGUAACUUUGUCGACUGUAUUACUCAACUUUUUUUUUUUUUUUUUUUAGCCGAAAUGUUACUUUUUCUUUUUCCUUGGUUGCAGUUUAUGUAAGUUUAUGGUAGAUUUGUAUGAUUUGGCACCAGGCAGAUUCACCUACAGCCACCAAGGGGUGUCUGAAAACCAGGUCCAACCCGUGUGUGCAGUAGAGGACAGCCUGCCAAAGCCUUCCUCUGCCAGGGGGCGGGAGGUGGAUUUGGAGAGGGGAGCCCGAUAAAUCCUCCGCGGAUGAGAGGGGCAUGGAGAUGUUGCGCCGCUCCUCUGUGUUCGCGGCUGAAGUGAUGGAAGUGUUUGACCGCUCGCCCACCGACAAGGAGCUGGUGUCGCAGGCCAAGGCCUUAUGCAGGGAUUACAUCCACUCCAGACUGAACCGUGCCGGGAUAGGCUGGUCCAAACCCGAACACGGACUGGUGGCAUCAGGUGGCACCAUGGGAGAGAUUUCGUCGGUCCUCAUCUGGCUGGGUGAUGAGUUGGAGUACCUACGUCCCAACAUUUACCGUAAUGUAGCACGGCAGCUCAACAUCACAGUAGCAUCUGAGAGUGUGGUGUCAGAUGCCUUCCUGGCUGUGGCUGCAGACAUAUUCUCCACAGGUGUGACAUGGGGAAAGGUGGUGUCUUUGUAUGCAGUGGCAGGGGCCUUGGCAGUGGACUGCGUACGGCAUGGCCAUCCAGCCAUGGUCCACACCAUUGUCGACUGCAUGGGCGAGUUUGUCCGCAAGAGUCUGACCUCCUGGCUAAGAAGGAGAGGGGGCUGGGUGGAUGUAACAAAAUGUGUGGUGAACACUGAUCCCAGCUUUCGCUCUCAUUGGCUGGUAUCUGCUGUCUGUGCCUGUGGACACUAUCUGAAGGCGAUGGUGUUUUACCUCCUCAGAGAAAAGUGAACGGCAUGGUGAUAAACUGGAUAAUGAACAGCUGCUGUCAUUCACCAGUAUAGCCCACCACCACUCCAUUAAAGCAUCCACUGCUUUGGAUAUGUUUACACUCAUGGAAGUUUGCACUGUCUCCACCGAUGACCACUCCUCCCUUCACAGAUAACGUGGACCCGCCUUGCCCUGUCUGCUUCACAUGCUAUACAGUGUCUAUUUAUUGUUAAUGAUAUUAUGACACACCUGAGAUGCUGUUUAAAAAAAAAGGCAAGUGUAUUAUAUCAUGUAAAUCUUUUGCUGUUUGGUUUUUGUGUUUAUCACCUGUGUUGGAGUUUCCAUCAUUUCUGUGCAAAAUCUGUUUGAAAGAAACCCCAAAGUGAUUCUUUUCCCUUGUGAAGUUAUGUCAGAUUGAUCAAGGUCUUCCAUAAACAAUAGAAAUGGCUGUUUUUCAGUGAUUGGGCUGCCCCUAGUGGCUGAAAAUAAUUACUCUAACAUCUGUGUUGUGUUGAGUCUGGGGCUUGUGUCUUGCAGACAUGCAAUGUAUAUCAGGGCCUCUCACUUGGCUGGCACAUGUGGCACAAGUGCUCAUACUAAAUAUACAAAUAACUUUUUAUUGUAACUAAUAUGUGUGUGUUUGAAUGGAAAUAAUAAGAAUGUUGUAGUUGUGAUGUACAAAAAUCUCAGUUUGAAAAUGUAAAGAGUGGAUUCAUCAAAAAGGAGACCAAGCGGUCAUAUGUCAUAUAGCUGUGCACAUUGUACUUUUCAUGGAUCUCUCUCUCUCUCUAUUUGUGUGUGUGUGUGUGUGUGUGUGUGUGUGUGUGUGUGUGUGCGUGCGUGAGAGAGAGAGACUUGCGUGUGCGCGCUAACACGCCCGCAUACAUAUGUUUCUUUUUUCCCCACUGUGAGGCAAUAUGUUUUGUUUGAAUUGUUUCCUAACAUCCACUGUAAUUAUAUGUUACAGUACAUUUCCGCUGAGUUAAGCACUUUUAUACCAUUUCAUUUUACGAAUGGAAUUUAUUCUGUGAAUAAUUUCACGUUUAUACGGCAUGCAGCACUGAGUGUCCUAGGAAAUAAUAAUAAUAAAAAAGUUUUCCUGUCA